AAAAAAUGCCAACAACGCCUUGAGGCCGAACCCCUCGAGAAUGCCAUCUGGGCUGUAAGACUUGAGACAGGUCCUGAGAGCCAUGGUUCAAAAAAACAAAAGUAUUUAUUGGGCUAGCCUUGGAGGUUUUUCCAAGCACUCCUAUCGCGAAAGCUGCCGUUGGCCGUUGACGUCACUAAUCACGAAGUCGAGUGCGGUACUGAGGAAGAUGAGAGGUAGCUCGUCUGGUGUCUGUGCAUCCAAUUCUCAGUACAUCCGUCCGGCGACAAGACGAGAUGUGCUGGCGAGCGAAGGGAUUCUGGAACUUCAACCUCUCCUGAAAAAUCGUUCGGGCAAGGAUUUGCUGUCAAAACGCCGAACGCUGUGCCGGCCGUUAUAUCGCGAUGCGGCGUGCCAAGGCGGCAAUGGGGGAGGCUUUCGAGGCUUGGCGAGGAGGGUCGCUAAAGAAUUGUGCAGCGUUCGUGUGAGCCGGUGCCGUCGUAUCCGGAGUUUGAUCGCCGAAUUCCAAGUUGUUUGGGUCGGGAAGUUGAAGCCGAGUUGAUUCCCGAGAGUUGAAGAUUGAAAGGACCCACGAGAGUGAAAGAUUGAAGAUUAAAGGGAAGAGAAAAAGGGGAGAGUAGGACGAAGGAAAUUCGAUGCCUGCUGUUCCAUGGAGAAAUAUUAUGUUCAUGUAUCAGCUGGUUGAGAAUGGUCCCGCAACAU